CGGGAGCAGCACAGGCGGUGCCCGGGUAGCGUUGGAGCCAUGGACGGCAGUGGGCCCUUCAGCUGUCCUAUCUGCCUAGAAGCUCUCCGGGAGCCGGUGACGCUGCCCUGCGGACACAACUUCUGCCUGGCCUGCCUGGGCGCGCUCUGGCCGCACCGCAGCGCCGGAGGCACGGGCGGGUCCGGAGGCGCGUCCCGUUGCCCGCUGUGCCAGGAGCCCUUCCCCGACGGCCUGCAGCUCCGCAAGAACCACACGCUGUCCGAGCUGCUGCAGCUCCGCCAGGGUCCGAGCUCCAUGCCUACCCCGGCCUCCGCCCCGCCUCGGGGUCAGGCAGCGGAGCCCUCGGCGCCCAGCGAGCCUCCCACCGCGCCGGAACCGUCGGCUCCCUGCGCGCCCGAGCCUUGGUCCGAGGGCGACGAACCGGUGCGCUGCGACGCGUGCCCCGAAGGCGCGGCCCUGCCGGCCGCCCUCUCCUGCCUCUCCUGCCUCGCCUCCUUCUGCCCCGCGCACCUAGGCCCGCACGAACGCAGCCCCGCGCUGCGCGGGCAUCGCCUGGUACCGCCGCUGCGCCGGCUGGAGGAGAGCCUGUGCCCGCGCCACCUGCGACCGCUGGAGCGCUACUGCCGAUCGGAGCGCGUGUGCCUGUGCGAGGCCUGCGCCGCCCAGGAGCACCGCGGCCACGAGCUCGUGCCGCUGGAGCAGGAGCGCGCGCUGCAGGAGGCUGAGCAGUCCAAAGUCCUGAGUGCUGUGGAGGACCGAAUGGAUGAGCUGGGUUCUGGCAUUGCACAGUCUCGGCGAACGGUGGCCCUCAUUAAGAGCGCUGCGGUGGCCGAGCGGGACAGGGUGAGCCAGCUGUUUGCGGAGGCCGCAGCCACCCUGCAGAGCUUCCAGACUGAGGUGCUGGGAUUCAUCGAGGAGGGGGAGACUGCCAUGCUGGGCCGCUCCCAGGGGGACCUGAGGCGACAGGAAGAACAACGCACUCGCCUAAGCCGGGCACGACACAACCUCAGUCAGGUCCACGAAGCCGACUCGGUCAGCUUUCUGCAGGAGCUACUGGCGCUACGGCUGGCCCUCGAAGAGGGUUGCGGCCCUGGGCCUGGCCCCCCCAGAGAACUCAGCUUCACCAAGUCCUCCCAAGUGGUCAAGGCCGUGAGAGACGCGUUGGUCUCAGCCUGCGCCAGCCAGUGGGAACAGCUGCGGGGGCAGGGUGGUGACGACGUCGGGCUGCAGAAGCUGGGCUCAGAAGCUGAUUCAGAGUCCCAGGAUCCUGAUAGCACCAACCUACUGGAGAGUGAGGCCCCCAGGGACUACUUCCUCAAAUUUGCCUACAUCGUGGACUUGGACAGUGACACAGCAGACAAGUUCCUUCAGCUGUUUGGAACCAAAGGUGUCAAGAGGGUGCUGUGCCCCAUCAACUACCCCGAGUCACCCACCCGCUUCACCCACUGCGAGCAGGUGCUAGGCGAAGGAGCCCUGGACCGGGGCACUUACUACUGGGAGGUGGAGAUCAUCGAGGGAUGGGUCAGCGUGGGUGUCAUGGCCGAAGGCUUCUCCCCUCAAGAGCCCUAUGACCGGGGACGACUGGGCCGCAACGCAUAUUCGUGCUGUCUGCAGUGGAACGGGCGUGGUUUCUCAGUCUGGUUCCAUGGGCUGGAGGCCACCCUGCCCCACGCUUUUUCACCUACAGUUGGGGUCUGCUUGGAGUAUGCAGACCGUGCCCUGGCUUUCUACGCCGUUCGAGAUGGCAAGCUGAGCCUUCUGCGGCGACUCAAAGCCUCCCGGCCACGCCGGAGUGGCACCCCGGCCUCCCCCACUGACCCCUUCCAGAGCCGCCUGGACAGCUCCUUUGCUGGGCUCUUUGUCCACAGGCUCAAGCCUGCCUUCUUCCUAGAGAGCGUGGAUGCCCAUCUGCAGAUUGGGCCUCUCAAGAAAUCCUGCAUAUCCGUGCUGAAGAGGAGGUGAUACAGGGCGGCCUCCUCCCACAGAGAGGCCCAUCUUUACCAUCAGGGAAGACACAAACCUUAGUGUUGCACACAUCCCUAGUCCUCUCACUUCUAAAAGCCUCCCUCCACCUUUCAUAAUUUGACCUUCCACUUUUCAGGGAAGGGGUCUCCCAGCCCCUGGCCCCUGCAGGACUUGUUUUGGGAAACAAUCCAGACUGCCCAAACCCCUUCUUUUCUGGGUUUCUAGAACAGCCUGGCAGGCAGUAGGUGCUCAAUAAACAUUUGUUGAAUGAA